AUGAGUUUUAUCCAUGUAGGAGUUGGCCUGCUACUGCUCUGUACAGCUGGUUUGUCAACAGCACAGUGGCAACACUUGGGGAAUGCUCCUGCUGGACUUCAAACUAACAGUCCAAGGCAUCCUUCACUGCAAGUGAAUGCUGGGUUGCCUUCUCAGUGGACUCAAAGUGGUUCUCAAGCUGGAAGCCCUGCAGUAGCCCCACUUGAACUGCAACUUCAAAAUCCUUCAGCUGUCCAAGCCCAGCAAGUAAUUCAGCAACCAGUGAAGAAACUGACUUGGCAUUUUCCAGUAGCACCACAAAUCCCAAUACCACCAGCUCCAGUGCAUUUUGUAAGACAGCCUCCUCCUGUUCUUUCUGAGAGGGUAACGGCAAGGUGCAGUGAGAAUGCAGUGCAUGUUGAGGUGCUGAGAGAACUGCUUGGACCUGAUGUAACCCUCAAUAUUGCUGCUCUCACACUGGGAGGCUGUGCUGCCAAAGGGAUGGAUGCUUCUUCCAGAUUCCUCAUCUAUGAAUCAGCAUUGUAUGACUGCAACAGCAAGUUGAUUGUGACUGCAAAUGAGCUGGUCUAUAUCUUCACCCUUGGUAUUGAGCCAAUGCCUCCAAGUGGCUUGCCUCUUCUCAGAAGUACUGGUGUUAAGGUUUUAAUUGAGUGUCAUUAUCCAAGGCUUCACAAUGUGAGUAGCAGUGGUCUCAGGCCUGCUUGGAUCCCACAUGCUUCUGCCCAUGUUGCAGAGGAACUUCUUGUCUUCUCCUUGAUGCUUAUGAUGGAUGACUGGCUACUCCAAAGACCAUCCAACCAGUACUAUCUGGGUGAGCUUAUAAAUAUUGAGGCUUCAGUGGUGCAGUUCAACCAUGUGCCCCUGCGUGUCCUUGUAGACAGCUGUGUGGCCACUCCUGUCCCUGAUAUAACUGCUGUCCCGAGAUAUUACUUCAUUGAUGACCAUGGGUGCCUGAUGGAUGCUAAGCUUACACAUUCCAGUUCCCACUUCAUGCCCCACACUGAAGCGGCUAAGCUGAGGUUUCAGCUGGAAGCCUUCAGAUUUCAACAAGGGAACAGUAGCUUGGUCUAUAUUGCCUGCACCUUGAAGGCAACAGCAGCAUCUGCCCCUGCUGAUGCUGAGCACAAGGCUUGUUCAUUCUCUGACAAUAGAUGGGCUGCUGCAUAUGGUGCUGACCAGGUGUGCAGUUGCUGUAGCAGUAGCAGCUGUAGAAGCAUGAGGAAAGGGCGUGGUCUGUCACUAGAACAAGGCUUGCAGCUGGAGAAAGUAAGCCUUGGCCCAAUUGUGGUUCUGGAAAAGGUUUAG